AUGGAAAAUGAAGAAAACAAAUUUGACGAGAAAUGAAAAAAAACAACAUAUUACAUGAAUAAGAAAUGGAGAAAUCUGUCACGAUCUCAAAAUAAAUGAUAUAAGGAUAAGAUAAUAAACUGAUUUCGGUUAUAUUAACUUAGUCUUGUCAUUAUUACAACAAUCCUAUAAGGAUAUAUGCGUUCUAGCCUUAGUAUAAAUGAUUCAUUUUCUAAACUAUUGAAACACAGAAUCAAAACAUUUUUAUAAAAAUAUAAAUCUCAUUCCUCUUCUUCACCUUGUCUUUAAGAGGCAAGCCCCGUUUCUUUCAUCUCCUCCAUCACCAACACCAAACACAACCUCUUAAGAUAAGGUGAAGAUGAGUGACCUCCAAGCAAAAAAAGAUGCGGCGGCUUUGGAUAGACAGUCUUCUUCCUCGUCUGCGGUUCUUGAUGGGCCAUCACCGCUGAGAAAGAUGAUAUCGGUGGCUUCUAUCGCUGCCGGUAUUCAGUUUGGUUGGGCUCUUCAGCUUUCUCUGCUAACUCCAUACGUGCAGCUUCUCGGAGUCCCACAUAAAUGGUCAUCUUUCAUAUGGCUCUGUGGUCCUAUCUCCGGCCUGCUUGUCCAGCCAUCCGUUGGUUACUUCAGCGACAGAUGCAAGUCAAGAUUCGGUCGUCGUCGUCCUUUCAUCGCCACGGGCGCCUUGCUUGUCGCCCUUGCUGUUAUACUAAUCGGAUUCGCGGCUGAUUUCGGCCACACCAUGGGAGACAAACUCGACGAAGCUGUCAAGAUGCGAGCCGUUGGUUUCUUCGUUAUCGGUUUCUGGAUCCUUGACGUGGCUAACAACACUCUUCAAGGACCUUGUCGCGCUUUUCUUGGUGAUUUAGCAGCUGGAGACGCUAAGAAAACGCGAACAGCAAACGCGAUUUUCUCUUUCUUCAUGGCCGUUGGAAACGUUUUAGGAUACGCUGCAGGAUCGUACACUAACCUCCACAAGAUUUUCCCUUUCACAGUGACUAAAGCAUGCGACAUCUAUUGCGCAAAUCUCAAGAGCUGUUUCAUCAUUUCCAUCACUCUCCUCCUAGUCGUCACCAUCAUAGCUCUUUGGUACGUGGAAGACAAGCAAUGGUCGCCAAAGGCAGACUCUGGAAAAGAUAAAACUCCUUUCUUCGGCGAGAUCUUUGGAGCUUUCAAGGUGAUGAAACGUCCAAUGUGGAUGCUACUAAUCGUCACGGCCUUGAACUGGAUCGCGUGGUUCCCUUUCCUUUUAUACGAUACAGAUUGGGUGGGUCGUGAAGUGUACGGUGGAGACUCAAAAGGAGAUGACAAAAUGAAGAAACUAUACAACCAAGGAAUUCAAGUUGGUUCGUUGGGAUUGAUGCUUAACUCUAUCGUUCUUGGAUUCAUGUCGCUCGGUAUUGAAGGGAUUAGUAGGAAAAUGGGAGGAGCUAAAAGGCUUUGGGGAGCUGUGAAUAUAAUUCUCGCCGUGUGUUUGGCAAUGACAGUUUUGGUUACUAAAAAGGCCGAGGAGCACCGGAAGAUCGCCGGUCCGAUGGCCCUUCCUACGGAUGGCAUCAGAGCUGGAGCAUUGACCCUCUUUGCUCUUCUUGGAAUUCCUCUGGCUAUUACAUUUAGUAUUCCGUUUGCACUAGCUUCCAUUAUUUCAAGCAGCUCCGGCGCCGGCCAAGGACUCUCUCUAGGAGUUUUAAAUAUGGCAAUAGUGAUACCACAAAUGGUUGUAUCGUUUGCAGUUGGUCCUAUCGAUGCCUUAUUUGGAGGUGGAAACUUACCAGGAUUUGUGGUCGGAGCUAUUGCAGCGGCAAUUAGCAGUGUUGUGGCAUUUACCGUAUUACCUUAAUUUCCCUUGUGUUUUAUUUGUUACUAGUAUUAUGGCCCUGCUAUGCAGGGACAACAUAUAUGCCAAUUUUAAAAAAUCUAAAUAAUUUUACUUUAAUAUUUGAAGAACGUGAGUCUAUGAAAGUGGGAAGUUGUUAGGGAUGGAUUACGCAGAAAAUCAAAUUGUAGAUUGUUUUUUUCAAUUUAGAUUAUAAACAAAACUUAUUUAAAAAAAUUUGUAUGUUUUUUUAUUAUUUAUUUGCAUUACAAUGGUUUUGUAAAUUAAGGUAGGAGAGAGUUUGUAAAAAAAAAAAAAAAUUGAGAUCGUGGAGAAAAUGAGUGGUUGCUAAGAAAAUGGUAAGAUUUUGUUUUUGUUAAUUUUUUUUCAAGAAUAAUAAAAUUGGAUUAGAAAAGUGAAAUAGCAAAAUUUGGGAGUUUUGCCACGUGUCAAAUAGAGAGUGUUGCAGUUUUUGUUAAAGUGACUGUUGAUUUAGUAUAAAUAGAUGUAUGUUUAAUAUUAAUGUAGUAAGUGGCAUAUUUGUUUGCAGUAUUUAUUAAAGUUCUAAUUAAAAAAAAUUCUUCUUGUUUUUGUUUAACUUCAAUAUCUAUGUCAUCAUCAAUCGGCAUAAAUUGAAGUAUUAAAAACUCCUAGAUAAAUAACCAAACAAAAAAAGGAAAUGAUACUGUGUAUAAACUGUAAAUCAAACUUUUUUACCUUUAUAUGAAUUGAACUCAUGCAUGAUACAUUUUCAAGAAACACUGAAAUAUACAAAAAAAACCAUCAAUACACUAAAAAAAUAUAAAAUCAUAGAAACAAUCAAAUGAAAAAAAGUAAACUCAGUCUACUCGGAGACGACGAAGGUAGGCGGGGAGGCAUGAGUAGAAACAAGGGUGGGUGUGAGAGCAGGAGCGAGAAUAGGGAGAGAAUUUUGCUUUGCUUUGUUUCUACUUCCGUCUGCCUUAGGAUAGGAAUGUCUUUACUUGUUAGUGGCGACAUCUGGUUGUGAUACUAUUUCGUUGUAAGCUCCAUAAGAGGACCAGCUAUGGAAUUCUGAAAUCCAGUUUCUCACUACUGGAGCUCUUCAUUUCGUCAACGCUUCUACUCUGGUACAUGCGUUAUCACAUCUUCAAUUAUUCAUUGGUUUUUUGUUCAUCAACACAGAAACUGUAAUUCUUUUGUGUAACAGAAAUGUUAAAUGUAUCAAAUUAAUAAGGAUGUUUUCUUUUUAAUAUUAAGGUAGCAUGUGGCAUAUUUGUUUGAAUUGUUUAAUUUUUAUAUUUAUGUAAU